AUGUCUCACCCAAUAUUCAAAGCUGAACCUUUCUUUCAUUCUGAGAAUGUCCUUGCUGAAGGUAUUCUGUGGGAUUCGAAAACACAAUUAUUACAUUGGGUCGAUAUUGAAACCGCGAGUUUAUACACUCUAGAUAUCGAAACGAAACAAUGGUCAAUUGACAAAUAUCCAGAAAGUCAAUUUCUCACUUCUAUCGCGUUGAGAAAAGAUGAACCAGGAUUAGUAGCGACCAACCGACAUUCCAUGGUCAUCCUUCCUACACCUACACCAGUCUCCUCUUCUCCAUCAGUAAUAGAGAGAAAAUCACUUCGAACACUAUGUACUCCUCUUCGGAAAGAUGUACAUGAUUUGGUCGGAUUUAACGAUGGGGCUUGUGAUCCUCAAGGAAGGUAUUUAGCGGGUAGUAUGAAUAAAAUGGCGAAGAAUGAUCAAGUUAGAAGAGGGGAAUUGAUCAGAUAUUCCCCCGAUGGGACAGUGGAGCGACUUUUGGAGAAUAUUGGUUUGUCCAACGGUAUUGGUUUUUCCCUUGAUCAUAAAACAAUGUAUUACAUAGAUUCCCAAGACCCAACAGUCGAUACCUUCUCUUACCCCUCUACAGGUCUCCCAACUGAUCGUAAACAAUUCAUCCAACCUCCUCCUCCCUCCUCCCCACCCAAAAGAGCCAUAUUCGACGGUAUGUGUCUAGACGGUAUUGGGAAUCUAUGGGUAGCAAGAUGGAACGAUGGUCGAAUCAUAGGUUACACACCAGAAGGUAAGAUCAUUUGUGAAAUUCAUACGAUCGGUAGUAAAAGUCCUACUAUAUGUUGUUUCGGUGGAAAAGAUUUAGAUAAGAUGUUUAUAGUCUCCGCUCAUACUAGUCGGAUCACACCUGAUCCUGUUCCAGAGGGAGAAAAGGAAGUUUCAAAGGAAGAUUUGCAGAACAUGUAUCCUCAUUCUGGUGAUGUCAUGAUGGUCGAUUUUGCCAUAGGGACGGAAAUCAGGAAGGUCUUAGGGGAGGGAUGGAAAGGUGCGGAGAGAUAUAGGUUUGCUGGUUGA